AUGAGGGAUGAUCUCCUUUCUCAAUUUAUCAAUGAACCAGAGGCUAUACUCUAUGCCCUCUAUCUGGGUCCGCUAGGUGCGCCGACAGUUGAGGCUUUUGCUUCCGGGAGAAGUGCAGACUUUCGUAAGCAGUGUCGUGCUGUAUUAGCAAAUGUGGAAGAGGCGAUGAGGACUUCUGAGGAGUUCAGCGCCAGAAAACCUUCACGAAUUAGCAAUGAUAAUCCGGAGUUGUGCACUUAUCAAAUAUUUCGAAGAAAUGCGCAGGCUCUAAUGCGAGAUUUGAGAGGAGAAGUAAGAACCGACGGUAGCAUUCCGAUGGGAUGGGCAUGUGCUGCCUUGAAGAAAUUUGCAAAGAAGACAUACGUAGACAGGGUCUGUAAGCUCCUCGAUCGGUUCAUUAAUGCCUAUCAUCGAGCUGAAUACAUGUCUGUUUAG